AUGUCUUCCUUCCAACAAAUGCUCUGUAUCUUUUUCUGCUGUAUUCUUAUGCUACACGCCAUUCCAUUGAGAACGGAUGACGAAUUUCCCGUUAUGAGAAAGCGACUCAGUAAUGAAGCUCUUUUGCGACUUAUAAUGAGGAACCGUGGGUCUGGAAUAGAAAUUAAAAGAGCUGAAAAACGUAGUGAGGUGGACAGAAGAAGUAUCGACGAUGACUUCUCCAAUUGUUUCUUAUCUCCUGUUCAAUGUAUGCUUCCUCACAACAAAUAG